CGAUUUCAGCAAAAAUUUCGCUAUGGAUAGUAUUCUAGAGUCUAGUAGAAUACAUUUCAACAGUUGUCUUUCGUGGACAUGUUAUGUUUUCUCGGACCAGGUGGAUUCUUUAAUUCACCGGUUGAUUCCACCACUGAUGCUUAUGGUUGACACUGUUGACAGCUUUGUAUGGUGAUGGCAGCAACCGGUUGAAUUAAAAGGACAGAUGUCUGGUCCACCGGUGGCACCGGUUGCUCAACCGGUGAAUUAAAAAAUACACCAAUGUUCUUAACAGUUUUGACAAAUCUGUCAAUUCUGUUUUGUUUUCCAUGGUCAUUUAUCAAAAAUUACAUACUCAUGCAGCAUCAUUUUAGAAAAAUAAAUUGAGAAUACAACAAAAGAAGUUACUGAAACAAAAUGUCUAAUGUGAACGAAGUAGGUAAUUUGUACAAGCAGUUGAAAUCAGAGUGGAACACCUCCAACCCAAACUUGAGCAAAUGUGGCAAGUUGCUCUCAGAUUUGAAGUUGGAGCUGACCCAUUUGAUGUUCCUCCCCACAUCUAAUGCUUCUGUAUCUAAACAAGAACUGCUAUUUGCAAGAGAUGUACUAGAAAUUGGGGUACAAUGGAGCAUAGCAGCCAAUGAUAUUCCAUCAUUUGAAAGAUACAUGGCUCAACUGAAAUGCUACUAUUUCGACUACAAAAAUCAACUACCUGAAUCUUCAUUCAAAUAUCAGCUGCUUGGACUGAAUCUAUUAUUCCUGUUGUCUCAAAAUAGAGUAGCUGAAUUUCACACUGAAUUAGAACUACUCCCUGCGGAUCAUAUCCAAAAUGAUGUUUAUAUCAGGCACCCCCUGUCUAUUGAACAAUACCUAAUUGAAGGAAGUUACAAUAAGAUUUUCCUUGCAAAGGGCAAUGUACCAGCUAAAAGCUAUAACUUCUUCAUGGACAUCUUAUUGGAUACAAUUAGAGGAGAGAUAGCUGGUUGUCUAGAAAAGGCUUAUGAAAAGAUUUCAUUGACAGAUGUUGCCAGAAAGCUUUGCUUACCAAAUGAAGAGGCUGCUAAACAAUUUGCAAUAAAGAAUAAGUCAUGGAAAUUGGGCAAAGAUAACUUCUUCCAUUUCAAACCUGAGGUGAAAAAGACUCAUGAACCUAUUCCUUCAAAGGUGUUAGCCUUGCAAGCAGUUGAAUAUGCUAAAGAGUUGGAGAUGAUUGUUUAAUGUCAUUUAAUAAAUUAUUCAUUUUUUAUAUAUUGCAUUCACCUUACACAAAAUAUGAUUAUGGAAAAUAAGUGAUUUUCAUUAAGUAAAAUAUUUGUAUGUAA